GAUAUGGGGAUCAAUUCUGUAGUAUUAUCAUCUCAGCUUGGAAAUAGAUAACGUAACCUCAUAGCUUCACCGCCUCCAUUUUCGCCGGCGAUCGGCGGCGAAAUGGAAGCUCUCUACUCCACUAUUCACUAUUGGCUAGUUACUCAUCCGAUUAUCACCAACUUCCAAUGGAAACAAGGUUCCACAUUCGGUGCAUCGCCACUUUUCCUCACACUCGCAGUCCUCACUUACCUCACUCUCACUUUCUCUUUCGACCAUUUCCCUCUUCUCCCUCCACUCUCCCCCACCGCCCUCCGCCUCAUCUCCGCCGUCCACAACCUUAUCCUCUGCCUUCUCUCCCUUAUCAUGGCCGUUGGAUGCUCCCUCUCAGCCGUCCACCAAAUGCCAAAAAAUGACUGGACUUGGGUCAUCUGCUUCCCAGCCAAUCACACUCUUCCACGUGGACCUGUCUUUUUCUGGGCUUACAUUUUUUACUUCUCCAAGAUUCUUGAAUUUGUGGACACCCUUUUGAUCAUUCUAAGUGGGUCUCGAACUAGACGGCUGUCGUUCCUCCACGUGUACCAUCAUGCGGUGGUGGUUGUCAUGUGUUAUUUGUGGCUUUCUUCUUCGCAGACUCUGUUUCCUGUGGCGCUUGUUACAAAUGCUUCAGUUCAUGUGCUAAUGUACGCUUAUUAUUUUCUGUGUACGUUAGGAGUACGGCCAUGGUGGAAGAGAUUGGUCACUGACUUUCAAAUUAUCCAGUUUGUGUUCAGCUUCUUGAUUUCGGGUUUGAUGUUGUUCUAUCACUUUACCGGGUCGGGUUGUUCCGGGAUCCAAGGAUGGUGCUUCAAUGCAGUUUUCAAUGCUUCCUUGUUGGCACUCUUCCUUGAUUUUCAUUCUAAGAAUUAUGCCAAGAAGAGGAAAGCUCUCGACAAGAAUAAGCUGUCAUGAUUUUUGGUGGAGGGAGUUGUUCUAGAAGAUAGUUUCAAAGCGUACAUGAACUUAUUUUUUUUGGUGUGUUCCGAAAAAAAUGUCUAUUUUUUAAAUUUGGAAACAAUUUAGCUUAAAUUUUCAAUUUUAUCUCUAAUGAAAACUUUUAUAACAAUACAAA